UCAAAUCUAACAAACAUCAGCAGCAACAAAACAAAGCAAAACAGAGCAGCACCUUUUUUGACACCAUGACCUCUGUUCAGUGCUACAAAACCUGUGAACAAACCUGCCAACAGAAAAACCAGCACGGUUCAUAUGGGCAGAAGGUAGCUGACUUGUUCAAAGGGAACCAUGGCCACUCCAAGGACAAGGAGUGCCACACAGGGCACAAUGGCCACUCCAAUGGAGCCCACACAGGGCACCUAGUCCUAGGCCACUCCAAUGGAGGCCACACCAAUGGGGGCCACACAGGGCACCUUGGCCACUCCAAGGAUGGCUACAAAGUGAACCAUGGCCACUCCAAAGAGGGCUUCGAAGUUAAACGCUGCAGCAAAACAGAGGUUGUUUCCCAGUCUGCAGGGACCAAAGCUCAUAAAACUGAACUCAGUUGCAGCAAAACACAAACCACUCACGCUGCUGGUGGCACCAAGCACAAAGGGAGCACCACGAGGAAGCACAAGAAAAACCUGUUCGGAAAGAUCAAGGAUGGCUUAUCUGGUCACAGCAGUGAUGACAACAGCAGUUGCAGCAGCAGCAGUGAGAGUGACAGCGACGAUGAAAAGAAGUGCUCAAGGAGGAAGAACAUCUGUAACUGAAGAGCAUGCAGAUGUACUAUGGAGUUCGAGGAUCAGACUUCGCAACUCAAUGUGUGGUGAAAUAACUACGUAAAAGUACCUUCAGAAUAAAAAUCUAUGUCUUCUAAUAAUGGAAAAACCAAUGUACCUCUGGUCAUGGUGCAACUCACUGAGUUUGAGACCUACCAAAAACAAAUGCAUGUACUAUAAUAUAAAGUCGAUCUUCCUAUCAUGAAUAAAACUGUUUGUUGUUAAAAUAA